AUGAGUGAAGCUCAGCACAAGACCUGCGUGAGGGUGAACUCCGCUGACGACGAAGAACGAGAUGAAGUGGACCAUGAGUUGCCGAAGAAAAACCCUUUCGUACGGGGCUCAGACCCUCGCGUGGCCACAUGCCGCGGCCGGUUGCAGACACGACGGUGUCAACUCAACCAAGAAAUCAAUAAGGAACUGCGGUUACGCGCUGGAGCGGAGAACCUUUUCAAAGCGACUACAAAUAGAAAACUUCGUGAAACAGUCGCCCUUGAGCUGAGCUUCGUCAACUCGAACCUACAGCUCCUGAAGGAACAGCUCGCCGAGCUCAACUCCUCGGUGGAACUAUACCAGAAUGACAGUAAGGACUGCGUCAUGCCGAUGAUACCUCUCGGUCUGAAAGAGACCAAGGAGGUGGACUUCCGAGAACCCUUCAAAGACUUCAUUCUGGAGCACUACAGCGAAAACGCGGCCGUGUACGAGGACUCGAUCUCAGAUUUUAUGGAUAUGAGACAGGCGAUCCGCACUCCAGUACGCUCGACAGCUGGCGUAGCACUGUUGUUCAAGUACUACAACCAGCUGUACUACAUAGAGAGGCGGUUCUUCCCCCCCGACCGAUCACUUGGCGUCUAUUUUGAAUGGUUCGAUUCGUUAACAGGAGUCCCAUCUUGUCAGAGGACAGUUGCAUUUGAAAAAGCGUGCGUCCUAUUCAAUAUCGCUGGCAUUUACACACAAAUUGGCGCCAAGCAAGAGCGCACGACGUGCUCGGGACUGGAUGGCGCGGUGGACGCGCUGCUGCGCGCGGCGGGCGCGCUGCGCUACAUACACGAAAACUUCACCAACGCGCCCUCCGUCGACCUCGCCGCCGACACGCUGCUCGUGCUCGGCGCGCUCAUGACGGCGCAAGCCCGCGAGUGCCUGUUCGAGAAGCUGCAGCUGCAGGCGCGCGAGGCGUGCGGCGGCCGCGAGCGCGAGCUGUGCGACGACCUCGACAUGUGCCUCGACCUGGCGCAGGAGAGCGCGCAGCUCGCGCACGUCUACCACCAGCUCUACGAGAAGAUGCAAACCGAGGGGGUGUUCAACUACGUGCCAUACUCGUGGGUGUCGCUUGUCCACGUCAAGACUGAAUUCUAUAAAGCGCUGGCGCACCAGUACUGCGCGACGGGGCUGCUGCACGCGCCGGACGCGCGCGCCUGCGACCGCCUCGCCGCGCUCUACGCGCCGCCGGACACCAGCGACGGUCUAAAAUACGACGAAGAAUUCGACCGUAUAGCGCUGGGGCGCGCGCAUUUAGCCGAGGCCCUGGCGCUGUAUGAAGAGGCUCUAAGACUGCAGAGAAUGUGCCGCGAGCUCCGCAACAAGGAGGCGCUGGCGCGCGUGGUGGGCGCGGCGCGGGAGCGCGCGGCGCGCGAGCACGCGCCGCCCGCCGACGACUUCGCCGACCUGCUCGACGCGCCGCACAUACUGCCUUCAUCGAAAUUCCAACUCGCCCUCACCCCACCAGACUUCGCACAAUACAGAGUAGAAGAUCUAUUCAAAUCUCUUGGACCAAUAGCAAUAUUCUCCGCUAAACGACAUUGGAGCGCCCCACGACUAAUUCAACUUCAAAAACAGACGGACAAACACACACGACGAAACCGACGAAACGAAGAAACCAGAGUUAAACGACGAUCAAGCGACAAAAGAGAUAGAUCAGAAGACAACACUACGUACUACAACCAAAUUAUUAGAAGCGACGAAAAGUACGGAGAUGAUUACGACAAACACAGAGUGACAAAACAAAAUGGCGUUUAUAUAAACAGCUUUGAUAAUAAUAAUCAUCUUGAUUAUAAGAUGGAUAAAGAUUAUGGGAAGAAGAAUGGAAGGGAUUUAAGGAGGGUCGCGAGUGAAUACAAUGUGAAUAAUAAUGAAGAGGGCUUUGGUUUCUCCGUGCGAGGGGACGCCCCGGUCAUAAUCGCUGGGGUCGAGCCGAAUUCUUUAGCUGAUAUCGGCGGCAUGCGCGAAGGCGACUUCAUAAUCAGCAUCGGCGACAAAGACGUGAAGUGGAGCUCGCACGAGGAGGCCGUGCGCCUCCUGCACGCCGCCGGCGACCGCCUCACGCUGCGCCUCGCCACGCCCAUGGACCGCGGCUGCGCCAAGUCGUCUCCCGAGGUCUCUCACCAGACUAACUCCAACCAGGGCUCAGUAUCUGCAGCUUCAUCCUCCAGCGGUUCCAGCGCGGCGCGCUCCCGCCGGGCGCCGUCUUGGAACCCCUUCAAACGACACGUGACACGGGACAAUAGCGAGAGACGCUCACACACUAAUGUUAUAUUUAGA